UAGAUGAUGUGCCCUGCAUGAACUUUGAAGCCAGCACAUUUGCAAGGAGCCUGUGCCAGCACUGUUUGCAAGCCGCAGGGGUUCACCAGCACUCUAUCCAGGAGCAUGCCGUGGAGGUCGCAGGAUAUGAUGCCAGCAGCAACACAGACCCAGGCGGGCCCUGGGACACCCUCUGUAUUUUAGCCCCACAGUGCAAGGUAUACGUGUGCAUGGGCCCAGAGGAGGAGACAGAGAGCUGGCACAAGAGCAAGGGAUAUCCCCCACUCAGCCCUGGAGCUGAGGCUGAGCACAGAGAAACCGGCACCAACCCCAGCACCUGUGCUGAAGCCAACUCCAUGCUUGACAGGGACAGGGAAAUGACCCAGUUGUGGGACAGCACUUUGGGACUGGGCAAACGGAACAUGAUGAGCUACAUGGGCCACAAGCAGGCGGUGCGGCCACAAGCCCCACAGGCAGACAGACCCAGCUCUCUUCCGAAGACCUGUUUUGCCAUGGAUGUGGUGGCAUCCCACGUCGCUAGUGCCUCCCCCAGUAACGGACUUCUCCCCAUCCCAGAGCGCCAUCCUGCCAGCCAGAAGCCCAAGGAGAGCUGGCCAAAGCACCGGAAAACUGACCCUCCCUGGGUAUCCACCCCACCGCGUGCCACCACCAGCUCUUCACUGGCCCGCAGCAACCUGUUGGGUGGCGAUGGGCACCUCGCCGGCUCCUGCAUUCGGGAGCCCCACAGGCACCCCAGCAGCGGGAGCGUGGAGGGGCGGCAUGGGCUGGAGAGGCAAGAGUACACAAUGCUGGCAGACCUGCCCAAGCCCAGGCGCCUUGGCCACCAGAAUGCUGUUGACCGCUGUGGCUUCCGUACACUCAGCCCUGGCCGGGUGGAGGUGGAGAAAAUAUUUGGAUGUGAACGCAGGAAAUCAGAGACCCUGGAAGCCUUCCAGGCGCUGGAGGAGGGCCGUGUGGACCGGCUUGAUGGCAAGACCCCAGUGCCACCCAGCAAAGGCCAUCUGGUUCGGAGGCAGUCCAGCCCCAGCCUGCCCAGGGAGGGUCAGCGGCUCUCCUGGCACCUUGAGCAGCGCAGCAAAGACCCCAAGGAGCCCCCAUGUUCCCCCAGCCUGGCUUGGCACCCCGAGAAGACCACCAGGAACCGGGGGGACCCCCUGCGCCCUGCCAGCCCCAGCUGGCUGCUGGAGAGAGGCAGCCAGAGCCCACGCUCUUCAAGUCCAGCCCACCGGUCAGAGAAGAGGGCAGGGGAGCCUGCAAGCCCUCCCUGGCUCUCGGAGAAAAGCUGGAGGAGCCGAGGGGAGCCAAGCCACCCUCUAAACUUGGAGAGGGGCCGAGCCACCUGGCAGGCUGGGGGUACAGGGCAAGCCCUGGAGAAGAAGAGCCGAGGGGACUCCCUGCACCCUGCAGGCCUUGGGAAGGGUUUGGAUAAUAGUGGGCUGAGGCGGUCGGGGCCACUACCACGGUCUCUGAGUCCUGGGAGACAUACAGAGAGCACGUGGAAAAGCCAAAAGGAGAUCUCCUCUCCCAGGCCAGUGUGGGGAGCAGAGAGGAAACAAGCAAAGCUGGGGGAGCUACUGUAUCUCAGGGGGCCUGGGAAGCCAUCUGAAUGCAGCUGGCAGAGCCUCCGGGAAAAGCUGCCACCCUCCCCCCCUGGGAAGGGCACUGGCAGUGACUGGAAAGGCAGAGGCAAACCUCUGCGCCCUGUGAGCCCAACACAACCACGGAACCAGGACUGGAGGGGUCGGAGGGAUGCCCACCAAGCGCAGGCAUUGGAAAAGGACUGGAAGCACCAAGAAAAGCCUAUGUGCCAUGCAGACUUGAUGCACCAUCAGGAAAGGGACUGGAAAAGCCCCGCUACAUGUCUGGAUGUAGGACCACGGCUGGAUGAUAGUUGGAAAAGGCCUCAGAGUCCAGCACAGCAGCUGGAGGACGAGUGGAAGGGUCCCAAGCACACCCGAGACACAAACAACCCAGAAAAGUCACUGGAAAGCGACUGUGGGAACAAGAAACUUCUCAUUUACCAUCCCCAGCUGGGUGGAGGUACCUUCCCGUCCCAAAGCAGCACCGGCUCCUCGGGAAGCCCACAGCCACAUUCCAAUGCCAGCGAGAAGCGUAACAAGCCAGAUCUCCUCAAUUUCAAGAAGGGAUGGAUGUCCAUCCUGGACGAGCUAGGAGAGUGGAAGAAACAUUGGUUUGUGCUGACCGACUCGAGCCUGAGGUACUACCGGGACUCUAAUGCAGAGGAGGUUGAUGACCUCGAUGGAGAAAUCGACCUCCGGUCCUGCACAGAUGUGACAGAGUUUGCAGUGCAGCGCAACUAUGGCUUCCAAAUACAUACAAAGGAUGCCAUCUUCACCCUAUCUGCGAUGACCUCGGGCAUCCGACGCAACUGGAUUGAGGCCCUGAGAAAGAACGUGCGCCCAGUCAGUGCUCCGGAUGUCACCAAGCUCUCUGACUGUGAUAAGGAGAACUCCUUCCGUAACUGUGUCCCCCAGAAGGGCUCACUCCGCACGGAGGAGCAGCAGCGGCCAGGCUCAGGCUCUGAGGGGAACUCGAAGGGUGGUCACUGGAAGGCAGAUGGGCAGCGCCAUGCCUUUGACUACGUGGAGCUGUCUCCCUUGCCACAGGACCCCGGGAAUCAGGGGUCCCCUCAGAGGACAAGAGGGAGCUUGAGGAUCUGCGACCGAACUCUCAAGCAAGAGGAGCUGGAGCGGGAUCUGGCGGUCCGUUCAGAGGAGAGGCGUAAAUGGUUUGAGACCCCCGAUGGCAGGGUCCCAAACAGCGAUGGCCCAGUGGGAGACUCUUCUCGCAAGGUGGGGGAGCAGGACCUACCCACUCCCCUGCUUUCAGAGGACCAGCGGAUUCGGCUGAAUGAGGAGAUAGAGAAGAAGUGGCUGGAGCUGGAACGCCUGCCCUUGAAGGACUCGCGGCGGGUGCCCUUGACAGCACUGCUGAACCAGACCAAGGGAGGCCACGGAGAUGCGAGUGAGGCACUGAAAAAGGAGGUGCAGUCACUCCGGGUGCAGCUGGAAUCCUGCCAGGCCCGAAACGAGAGCCUUCGGGAGACAGUGAAAUCCCAGGGAGACAGCCAUGUGCCCCGGGGGUACAUCUCACAGGAGGCCUGCGAGCGCAGCCUGGCUGAGAUGGAGUCGUCCCACCAGCAAGUGAUGGAGGAGCUCCAGAGGCAUCACCAGCGGGAGCUGGAGCGGCUGCGGCAGGAGAAGGAGCGGCUCCUGGCAGAGGAGGCGGCAGCAACAGCAGCAGCCAUUGAGGCACUGAAGAAAGCCCAUCGAGAGGAGAUGAAUAAGGAGCUGGGCAGGACACGAAGCUUCCAGCAGUGCAGUUCAGUUUCAGAUGCCCUCCAGAAGCAGCACCAGUUGGACGUGGAUUCCCUGAAGCGGGAGCUGCAGGUGCUUUCUGAGCAGUAUUCCCAAAAGUGCCUAGAAAUUGGGGAGCUUACCCAGAAGGCAGAGGAGCGGGAGCAGACACUGCAGCGGUGUCAGCAGGAAGGGAAGGAGCUCCUCCGGAAAAACCAGGAGCUGCAGAACCGCCUCUCAGAUGAGAUUGCGAAGCUGCGAAGCUUUAUUUCCUCACGGGGCUCUGGGGACCGGUCCCCGCACACCAACGAGCGGAGCUCCUGCGAGCUGGAGGUUCUGCUGAGGGUGAAGGAGAAUGAGCUCCAGUAUCUAAAGAAAGAGGUGCAGUGCCUUCGGGAGGAGCUGCAGAUGAUGCAAAAGGAUAAGAGAUUUGCCUCAGGGAAAUACCAAGAUGUCUAUGCAGAGCUGAAUCACAUCAAGGUGCGCUCGGAGCGAGAGAUCGAACAGCUGAAGGAGCACCUGCGCCUGGCCAUGGCUGCUCUGCAGGAGAAGGAGUCACUGUGCAACAGCGUCGGUAAAUAACGGUCUGCUCUUCGUUGGUUUAUCUGUUCUUGUUUUGUAUUUGCUCCAUUCCUCACUUGUGGGGAGGGGGAGGUUGAAUCCCAUCCAUAUCGCCUUGGCAAGGAAUCACCCACCCCCCAACCUUCUCAAUCUCCUUCCAAAGCUUUUUUGAUGAACCCCUUUUGCCUGCAUACCUGAGCACGUUGUUUGGACUGGCUUCUUACAUGCACCUUCUUCAGGAUUUUUUUUAUGUGAAAAUUAUAUUUUAUAGAGGAUUUUUUUCCCCCUGCAAGAAGAAGGGGAAGAGGGGAGAAAAACUUACUACAUCAUCAGCAUUUUCUAACCUGAAAAACAGAAUCUGAUUUCCCACCCCAGCACCCACCCCCACCCCAGCCCCGUUGCUCACAGCCACCUUUGGCACAUAUUCCCUCUCUUCCAAAUGUUUCCAUGGCUCCCCUGGGAUGUACGUCGAGGACCAUGCUCCCCGCCCCGUCCCACCCCCAGGGACCUGAAUAGAAGACAUGCAAGUCAUUGGAGGGAGCCGCUGGGACAGUCUGCCGUUGAUGUGCUUGCCUGGUACUUUUAAAAGAGGAGACUUUGUCAGGAGUCCGCAUGAUCAAGUUCUCUCCGUGACUGUCCUUUGGCUCCUUCAAGAACCCAAAUGGGCAGGAGCCCAGAGCCAUGGGGCUUCUCCUUUCCAGGGAAGAGGAGCUGUGAGGCUGCUACUGCACCCACUGGAGCCAACCUCCCCCAAGGUGGCAGCUGCUGCUGCCCUGCUGCACCCUUCAACUUUUAACUUAAUAAAAUCUUCCCCUUUCA